GAGCUACUCUGAAAGCUGCGCUCCGCUCAGCUCCGCCCCGCGGCUCCAAACUCUGCCUGAACUUUCUCUGUCGGAGCCUGCGCGUCACUCUGCGCUGACCCGACCCGGACAGACCACAGGACUGCUCGACUGCUCCUCAUACACGAACAAUGGGUUGGCAGGAGCGAGGUUGGCUCGCCUGUGCCACUUUUCUCGGAUUCGUGGCGUUGGCGCGGAGCGUGACGCGGGAGCAGCUUUUCCCGUACGGUCCGAGCGCAGGAGAUCAGACCCUGGAGGCAGGGACCGACCAGACGCACAGACUCGACCUGGACAGUCCUAUGCUGUUUUACGAUGGGACUUUCGACAGCAUCUUUAUCAACACCAAUGGUUUUGUUGCCACAUCAGAGCCAACAGGCGAGUCGACAUAUCUUGGCAAAAUGCCUCCAAAGUUCGGCAUGAUCGCAGCUCUGCAGGGAGACCUGGACACGAGCGACGGAGUGGGGAAAGUUUUCUUCCGUCAAGACUCCAGUCCUGCCGCUCUGUCUCGAGCCGCCAACACCAUCAACAAUGCCUUCCCUGAAGAUGCCGAGGUCCAUCCCACCAAUGUCAUGGUCAUCACCUGGUAUGAUGUGGCCACACCUGGUCCUCAGGGCAGGGGAGAUGGGACUGUAAAGAGAAACACCUUUCAGCUGGUGAUUGCUACCCUGGAGACGUUCUCGUAUGCUAUCGUGAUGUACACUCGGGACGGGAUACAGUUUGUCUCAACGCCUGCAGAUCGUGGUGUCAUCAUGCAUGCUGGCUUCAGUAAGGGUUUGGUCCGGGGUUUCCUGUUUUCCAGUCAGGGGCAGUACUAUCGCACUACCACUGAUGAGGAGGCGUCUGUCAGAGCUUUAGCAGAGGAGACUAACUCCGGCAUCCGGGGGGUCUGGGUCUAUGAGAUCGGGACUUCUCCUUAUUUUACUAACGUGGCUCCGGGUGAGGUCACUGACCUUCCCUCUGAGGACACACUACAGGGGGCCCCUGAGGGCCACGAGCGGGCCACUGAUACAAGGAGGCCCGUUUACGCCAACGGACAGGAAGUAGAAUACGGUCGUUACGACGGAGGGCAGAUCCAAGUCCACCCAGUUCAGUACCAGCCCCGGCAGCCUGAGAAUCCAGAGGUGGUGGUGAUAGACGACACCGAUAUAAACGUAGACGUGUUCUCCUACAACCUGGGGACUUGUGCAAACAACAGAAAUAAAUGCUCCCAGUUUGCUGACUGCAAAGAUUACUCCAGUGGAUACUGCUGCCACUGCAGACCGGGUUUCUAUGGCAACGGGAUACAGUGUGUGGCCGAGGGAAAGCCGCAGAGGAUGAACGGUAAAAUGCACGGGAAAGUGUACGUGGGAAGCUCUCCCUCUCCAGUGGAGUUCAACAGCAACGAUCUGCACUCGUACGUUGUGGUAAAUGAUGGUCGUUCAUAUGUGGCGAUCAGCGACAUCCCGCACACCCUCGGGCCCUCGCUGCAGCCCUUGUCCGCCCUCGGGGGUGUGAUUGGGUGGGCGUUUGCUCUGGAGCAGCCUGGCUUUAAGAAUGGCUUCAGUAUCAUAGGGGGCGAGUUCACACGGCAGGCUGAGGUGACCUUUCUACCGGGGAAUGAGAAGCUGACCAUCACGCAGCAGUUCAAAGGCAUCGACGAGCACGACCACCUGGUGGUGAGCACCACCGUGGAGGGUCGGGUCCCUGAGGUGCCGCGUGGCUCCUCUGUGAAAAUCGACCCUUACUCUGAGAUCUACCAGUACAGCAACAACCUGAUCACCUCCUCCUCCACGCGGGACUACGUGGUCAGCCUCCCCGACGGUGCCACUGACACCAGGACAUUCCAGUGGCGUCAGACCAUCACCUUCCAGAGCUGCCAGCACGGCGAGGCUUUGAGAGAUGUCAAGCCCACUCAGAUGCUCAGCGUGGACCAGGUCUUUGUUAUGUUCGACCCCAAUAAUGAACUCAUCCGGUUCGCCAUGAGCAACAAGAUCGGGGACGUGAACGGAGGGCAGCCGGAGGAGAACCCGUGUUUCACUGGGAGACACGGGUGUGACACAAACGCUGUGUGUCGACCCGGAGACGGGACGCAGCUCACCUGUCAGUGUGCUGCCGGCUUCAACGGGGAUGGACGCACAUGUUAUGACAUCGAUGAGUGCGGAGAGAAUCCUCAGAUCUGCGGCUCCCACGCUAUCUGCAAUAACCAGCCCGGGACCUUCCGCUGCGAGUGUGAGGAUGGUUAUCAGUUCGGCAGCGAUGGGCAGACCUGUGAGGAGGUGAACCGACCCGUGGACGCCUGUGAUGCAGGCACCCACACCUGUGAUGUUCCUGAGCGCGCUCAGUGCAGCUACACGGGGGGCUCGUCCUACAUCUGCUCCUGCCUGCCCGGCUUCAUCGGAGACGGCAAAGUGUGCCGAGACAUCGAUGAAUGUCAGCCGAGUAGGUGCCAUCCGGACGCCGCGUGUUACAACAACCAGGGGUCAUUUACCUGCCAGUGCAGGCAGGGUUACUAUGGCGACGGCUUAUACUGCUCUCAAGAAAGGACCAGAACACCGUGUGAGACUCACAGAGACAGUGUGCUCGGUGGGGGGCCUGGUCCUCGCGGCCCCCGUCCUCAUGUUGGACAGUACAUCCCAACAUGUGAUGAGGACGGACGCUAUGAAGCCAUGCAGUGUCAUGGCAGCACGGGGCACUGCUGGUGUGUGGACCGGAACGGACAGGAGAUCCCCGGAAGCCGCUCUGGAACGGGCAGCAGGCCGAUGUGUAUUGACCACGGUGGUGUGCCACCACCUGUUGGCCCCACCCCUCGACCUGAUGUCCACCCCCUGCCUCCAGGAACACAUCUGCUAUACGCCCAGAGUGGCAGGAUAGAGCACGUCCCGCUGGAAGGUCACGAUAUGAAAAAGGACGCCGCCAAACCUGUCCUCCAUCUCCCUGAGAAGGUCAUCAUCGGAGUGGCGUAUGACUGUGUGGAGAAAAUGGUCUACUGGACUGAAAUCCCAUCUCCCUGCAUCAGCAAGGCCAGCAUCCAGGGAGGAGAGCCCACCGCUGUCAUAAGUUCAGAUUUGGACAGCCCAGAAGGCAUUGCCAUCGACCACCUGGGACGCACUUUCUUCUGGACGGACUCUGUGAAGGAUCGUAUCGAGGUGGCCUCUUUGGACGGGUCUAAACGCCGAGUCAUCAUAGACACUGAUCUCGUCAACCCACGAGCCAUCAUCACCGACCCCCCCAAUGGAAACCUUUACUGGAGCGACUGGAACCGAGAUGCUCCAAAGAUCGAGACGUCCUACAUGGACGGGUCCAACAGAAGGGUUCUGGUGAAAGACGACCUGGGCCUCCCAAACGGGCUCACGUUGGACUCCCAGAGCUCUCUGCUGUGCUGGGCCGACGCAGGCACACACAAGAUGGAGUGCAUGAAUCCAGGCCAGGGCGACCGCAGACAGGUGCUGGAGGGGGUCCAGUACCCGUUUGGAAUCACGUCUUUUGGGAAGAACAUCUACUACACGGACUGGAGGAGGGAUGCUGUGGUCGUGGUGGAUCUGAACUCUGGCAGAGAGUUAGACGACUUCCAGCCUCAGAAACGGACCAAACUGUAUGGCAUCACCACGGCGUACGCCACGUGUCCGUCAGGUCAGAACUUCUGCUCUGUGAAUAACGGCGGCUGCAGCGACCUCUGCUUGGCCACGCCCAACGGCCGCUCCUGCAGGUGUCCUCACAACGCGGUGGGCUGCGUGGAGCGGGACGGCGGCUUCUAAAAGAUGGCAGCUGCCCACAGAGAGUCGACACUGUUUGGAUGUUUGACCACAUUUCACACACACGCUUUACUGUCCGCCAUAUUGACACAGCAGACGUUUCCCUCGAACGCCAUGCUCAAGGCAGGAAGAUCGAACGCCUUUAUAAAUGUCAUGAAUUAAAGUUUUAUAGUUGUAUUUAUGAAGGAGUGUGAUGUCAGAGGAAAAUGGCGGCUGUGGGAAUGUGGUGGCGAGCUGCUGGAAAGCGGAGGUGAACUUCCUGCGGGCUUUUCGUAUCUACAUUUAUAAAGUCACGGAACUGUAAAUAUAAACACUUUGAUUUUGUUCUUUUCCUGAGUGCACAUAACCCGAGAAUAAAGCUCAAGGGAUGCAAACUUUAAUGUGAAAAUCCUCAUCGUAAAGCAUGA